GUGGGACCUCGUGUGCAACAGAAGGAUUCUGGCAACCCUCAGCAUGUUCCUCUUCGGGACCGGUCUUCUCGCGGGCCACUUCCUCUCGGUCCUCGUAUCGCACAGGUGGGGUCAACGUGCCUCUUUUACGACGUUCCUGUUCGUCCAGUGCCUGUUCGGCAUGCUAGCUGCCCUGUCGUCGAAGUUUCUUGUGUUCCUGCUGUUUCGAACCCUUGUGGCUGUUGGUACUGCAGGAACGUGGACUUCUCUUUCCAUACUCGUGGGCGACCUGGCAGGCCGUAGGCAUCGCGCCGGUGCCCUGGUUUGUUCACGGCUGGCACACGGUCUGGGCCUGUUGCUGCUGGGCCUCGUGUCGCUGGCCGUCCGCGGCUGGGGACACCUAGCCGCCGCCACCUCUGUGCCCUUCGUCGCCUUCCUCGUCUACUGGAGGAUCAUACCUAACUCCCCAAAGUGGCUUCUUGCGCGCGGGAAGCUCGACCGUGUGGAGCAACUGUUGGUCGCCAUCGCUCAUACGAACGGAAGACAGGUUGAUUACCUGUACAGCGAAAAGCUCCGGACGUCCCUGACGCGCCUGAGCGGCCGUGGCUGCAGCGACAGCACCGCCAUCCUCCACUUCCCAGCUGCCAGGGUCCAGUCCGCGAGACGGCGGCGUGUUGUCGUCGUGCUCAUCGUUGGGCUGCUGACGGGUGCCGUGUCGUUGGCACAAGUGUACCUGGCAGCGAGUCUGGCCGGCAACUCGUACCUGCACCUGCUGCUCAUGUCGUGCGCCGAGCUGUCUGCCUGUGUGGCGCCUUUGGCGCUACUCGAACGCGCAGGUUGCGGCCUGGUCGUCUUCUGUGGCUGCUUGUCCGGCGGAGCCGCCUGUCUGGCCCACCUGGCUCUGGCCGGGCGUCCCUGCUUGAGUUUGUGCCUGCUUGCGGUGGCCAAGGCGUCGGUGGGCAGCUCGCUGGCAGUGCUACCGGCCUGGCUUCUCGAGGGCGCGCCUUGCACUGGGCAUCACCAUCUCACUCACUUGGCACAAGUGGCGGAGCUGGCAGCAUUCCCCGUGGUGCCGCUCUUCUUCCCGGCGGACAGUCCCGAGGCAACGCUCGCCGUGUUGAGCGCGCUGCUGGCGUUUAGCUGUGCCCUCUCGGUGCUCGCUUGCGACACAAGACGCGUCCGUGGACUGUGGUGCCUGUGGCGGCCUGACGGGCCCUGGAGAGCCUGGUCUUGGGACAAGAGCAGAGACAUGAAAUGUCGGAGCAUCGCCUGGGAGUUCAAGUAUCCGCAGGUUCCGUCGCCCAUUCCAAGCCUAGUGAAGAAACAAGAAGAACGAAAGCACGACGGUCACUACAGCGCUCGACUACGUUUGGCGGAGGUCGUCAGGGUGACGGUCGUUUGAGCGUUAAAACGCAAACGUACUUCACCGCUUACAGGAAUGUCCGCACUGCCAUCUUCACUGUCUACUUCAAAACAAGGGGAUAACAAUGAAAGAACCAAAGAGAACCUUUUGUUUCCG